AUGGCUGUUGAAUCUCGCCAUCUCAAUCUAUUUCCUCCACAGAUUCUCAGCAAUAGAGAUACGGCGAUGGAUAGUAUGGAAGGCAUCGGCAAUGUAAAUAUGUAUGGAACUCCAUUCGGAUACGGAGCGGUGAAGCCACUUUCUGGCACAACGAUGGCAACGUAUAAUAUUAUGCCGAUGUACAAUUCGGCGAUUGCAGAUUCUAUUCCAGCGAAGACACCUCUGAUGAAAUCCGAGAGUGGCAUCAGUUAUGCUGUUCCGGUAUCGAGAAAGCGAUCAAGUGAUGCCAUGAAUCCUCUGCUUUCUUCAUUCACUGGCGUUCAGAAUCAGAAUGCAAAUUACCUUUGCGGUUCUUUCACUUUUCUCGGCGAAGAUAUUUCGUUUCAGAUUCAACAACAACAAUUAGAAAUCGAUUGCGUCAUUGCUCAACAGACUGAGAAAGUAAGGAUGGAAAUGGAAGAUAGACGAAAGAGAUAUUCGCGGAGAAUCGUGGCAGCUGUUGAAGGCAAUAUAAUGAAGAAACUGAAAGCAAAAGAAGAUGAAAUUGACGAAAUUGGAAAAUUAAACUGGGCCUUGGAGGGGAGAGUGAAGUCCCUGUGCGUAGAGAAUCAGAUAUGGAGAGAUUUGGCACAAACAAAUGAAGCCACAGCAAACACUUUGAGAUGCAAUCUCGCGCAAGUUCUAGCUCAAGUCCAAGGCGAUCAAAACCAGAGCCACCGCGCCGACGAGGAAUUAGCCAACGACGCUCAAUCGUGCUGCGGCAGCAACUUCGAAGAAAUCGAGCGGCAAACAUUAGCAGAGUGCACGGAAACCAAUGCGCACAGCACCAAUUGCUGUACUGGCAAUAGUGGGGACAAUAGAGGAUGGAAGAGCUGCAGUUACAGUAAUAGCAACAGGAACAGAUUGUGCAGGAACUGUGGAAAGGAGGAGUCAUCUGUGUUGCUUUUGCCUUGCAGGCAUCUCUGCCUCUGUACUUUUUGCGUGUCAUCUCUCCAUAAUUGUCCCAUCUGUAACUCGUCCAAAACCGCUAGUCUUAAUGUAAACAUGUCCUCUUGA